AUGAUUACACCCACUAUCCCGUCCAGGCAACCCAUUCGGGAAGCCUGGACACAUGAGCGAUUCGAACGCGAACUCGCUGUCGCCCUCAACGCCUCAAUUGACAUCUCGUCAGCCCACACCUACGGAUCGGCACUCAACUCUUGGAUCGAGUUUUGUCGUAUCAACCAAUUCCCAACAGAACCCACAGAAAAAACCCUGGCCUUUUUCGUUGUAUAUCGCUUCGACACACAUCAACCCCAACUCUGUCGACUCAUAUUUGUCAGAAGUGUUCUCGUGUCUCGCGCUCUGAAGGGCUGCAAACGCAUCCAUGGCCAGGCUGUCAAAAGGAAAGACCCUUUGACCCUUGGACAUCUACGCACUGCUAUUGACCGCUUACCCGCCAUACCCACCCAUGACGAUCUCCUUUUCCUCGCCAUUCUCCUCUCGGGCUUCCAUGCGCUCCAUCGUCUUGGCGAAAUGACCAUGCCUGACAACCCUAAACUACGGAAUCCUCGAAAAUACACGAAACGCGAAUCCGUCACGUUGAAUGCAGAGAGUUACGAGUACUGGCUUCCGGCACACAAAGCUGAUGUCGCUUUUGAAGGUAACCGCAUCAUAAUUGCAGACCAAGCUGCCCUGAAGUAUUUUUUACUCUAUCUCGACUCUCGCGACCGGCUACUGCCUUUCAACCCUUAUCUGUGGGCUCGGGAAAACGGCCAAGUACCGCCACGGGCCUGGUUCAUCAAACGCCUAAAACACUUCUUCCCCAACCCCAACAUCGCCGGCCAGUCUCUCCGAGCAGGCGGAGCUACCCACCUUGCAGAAGAUGGUGCUCUUCCCCACAUCAUCCAAGCAGCCGGGCGCUGGUCAUCAGAGGCUUUCCAAGUCUACUUGCGCAAACAUCCUACGGUCCUACACGGACUCCUACGCGCCCGGCGGCAGCGGUAUCCGACCCUCAUCAUCAUCAUAAAUCUCUUUUCAUUACCCUCCAUUACCCAUAUCGGCUCCUCCAUACCGCUCGCCGUCUGCCAAUUUCAUCAUGUAGUCUCGGGGCAGCGCCCCCGGGGCUGA